AGGAAUCUGCCUCCGCACGGACAGCCGGUGGGCGCUCCGUCGGAACGUCAUCUGCUGUGAACUGUUGGCGAACCCGCUCGGCAACUUUUGCCUCGCAUCCUGAUCUCGCAUUCGAGCGAAGUCUUCCGGAGACGUUCUCGGAGGGGCGGCAUGCCGAUGGGAACUCACGGUGCCAGAUCAUGGCAUUCUUGACGUCCGUGGAAACUAAUGAGGCCUCGUUUCUCUGCUUCUUCCUGACUUGCCACCAUCUUCGCUUCUGCAUUCCUUUGCUGAGCAGCAAUGCCUCAGCUGCACAUAGAGGCAUGGGUUCUAUUAGCCCUACUCACAUAUCUGUUCGUCCGAAUCGUCAAAUACACGCACAUCUUGACGGCUCCGAGAUACUUUCCGAGACUGAUCAGCCCGUUCACACCACUGGGUCUGCCGGGUGCACUGCUUCCAGCCAGCUCCUGGACGGUUGCAGGCACGGGAUUCCACUGGAGCUCUCGUUUCGACCUCUAUAAACGCGGGGAAACGAUUCAACUUACACCCAUUCUCGGCGGAGAAACAUCCAUCUGGACCUCCAACAUCGACGUAGCUAAGCAGGUCGCCGUGGGAUCUCACAAAACCAGCUACGUCAAACCUCCGUUCGGUGGCUUGGCCUUGUUGAUUUGGGGCAUGAAUCUGUUCUCUGCUGACGGAUCAUUGUGGCGCAAACAUCGUCGCAUCGUGGGACCAGCUUUCGGCAAUGAGCUCUAUGAGUUAGUUUGGGAAUCGACUUCUCGGAUCUACGAGGACAUGGUCGAGAGCGAAGGAUGGAUACGCAAUUCGGGAGGCUUUGAUGUCGAGGAUAUGCAUGUUCUCAUGACCAAAUUGGCAUUUCUUGUCAUAAGCACAUGUGGAUUCGGGUUUCAAUCGGACUGGCUGACCCCAACCGAAACCGCGAACGAAACUUUCCUCUCUGUGCAGCAAGCGCUAGAAAUAGUCGCAACCGACUACAUGAUGCUUAUCUUUGUCCCCGAGUUCAUACUUAAUUUGCCACUUCCCCGAUUCAUCAAGAUCAGAAACGCCCGCGCCAUGCUGAUGGGAUUCAUGUUGAAGCAGGUGGCUGAACGGAAAGCGCUGAUUGCGGCGGGUGUGUCGAACAAAGACGCUUUCACCCUUCUUGUCAAGGCGAACGAGGAGGAAACAGGCAGUCGUGUGCUGGACGAUAGCGAACUGAUCGGGAAUGUUUUCCUGUUUUUGUUUGCAGGCCACGAAACGACGGCGCGCUCUUUGACGGCGACACUGGCUUGCAUCGCACUCGACGAUGAAAUUCAGACCGAGGCGCUGGAUCAAAUUCUCGAAGUCGUGGGACCAGAUGGCAAACCUGAGUUCGAAGACUGCAAUAAGCUAGAUAAGGUUCUCGCGCUCUUCUACGAAGCCACUCGCAUGUUUCCGGCAGCACAUCUCCUGCUGAGGCAGGCUACAGAAGACAACGUGUUGCUUGUUCCCAAGCCCGUCAGCGAAGAAGGCACGAUCGCUGUUCCCAUUGCCAAAGGCACGACAUUCAUCGUGGACAUGGUGGGCGCUCAAUACAAUCCUCGCUACUUUGACGAGCCGGAAAAAUUUAAGCCCUCGAGAUGGCACGGUCUUCCGCCAGAUUCAGAGCAGUUCACGGCCUUCAGUGUCGGCUCUCGGGCCUGCAUCGGCCGCAAAUUUGCAACUGUAGAAGCAAUCUGUUUCUUGACGCGUUUCAUAAGAGACUGGAAGGUGGCACCACUGCUGGCUCCAGGCGAAACCAGAGAACAAUGGCGGAAACGUGUCCUGGAUGCCAAAGUGCUGCUUGCGCUCGGGAUCGAACGACUUCCGCUCACACUGGAGCGGAGAAAGUUGGCGUAAACAGGGAGUUCCGAAUCACACGUGAUCGCGUUUGAUGACGCAUUGAUACAUUUGAUCUCGAUAUCUCAAUUCACGCUCUGUACUUUGCUCUCGCUUGAGUGUGGACCGAAUAUUUAGAGGAUCCUCUCAUGAA